CCUCAUUCAAAAUGUCUCGAUUCGUAUAUUUUUCAUUUUUUCUAAUUGUAAUAAUAAAUGAAUUCGCAAAUCAUGAAGUUUGUGGAAAAAAUAUUUUGGGACGUUACCGGAGACAGAUUCCUAGCGCGAAAACUAUUGUAAACUGGCUUAAAGAAGCAGGGUAUCAGGGACGUAACCGCAGACACAUUCCUAGCAUAAAUGAUAUGGGAACCUGGCUAGAAAACGCAAAGGAUGAUGUGUAUGACUGGGGUUCUGAUAAGUACGAAGAAUUAAGUAAAAAAUUCGAAACUGAUAGUGAAAUAGUUCAAGACAAUUUAGAAGAACAAUAUUACGAGCUUUUAAACGAAUUGGAAGAAAAAAGAGAACAAUUGAUGAAUUUGCCUCUAUACAAAGAAAUAGAAAAACUAGAACUUGCCCUACUCACUGAUGAAGCCGGUGUUGAGCACACUAAAGAAACUGUUGAAGUGCCCGAAAGUACACUAGAUGAUAACAUGGAGGACAAACUAGAAACAGUUCAAAACUUCUAUGAACACAAUCCUCUGCAAAGAGUACAAAGGUCAGAUGAAGAUAGUUCAUUAGAAGUUGUUUGGGUUACUUCAGAAGAAGCUGAAGCGGCACAGAAUGAACCUAGUGUGAUUAUGGUCAACAAACGUAAAGCGUGGUGAUUUCAUGUUCACAUUGCUGCAAAUGGGCCACAACUCAUGCGCUGGAAUGAAUAGCGAAGAUAACAAAAAACUUGUAAAAAAUUAA